CGUCUGUUUCUCUGCGCGUGUGUGUGUCUGUGUGUACUUCACGGUGUGCCAGAUUCCAGGACCGUUCUACCGGGUAAACCCGGACGCACUGCUGAUAACGGACGGUGCGCACUGGUGCGAUGCCGGUGUCAUGAUCCCGAUCGGACAGUGCUACUCAUCGAAGAAGAAUGGAAAUGUUUCCGAGCUGAGUUGUAGAAGACGGUGUUUCCUGUGCGUUGGAUUAUAUUAGGAUCAUCUUCCCAGAUCAUCAAUAAAGUGCGUGUGCGUGUGGUAAGGGAGUGUGGUUGGCCAUUGGCCUGAUUUAAGGACUUCCGUAGAUUAAGAACAAUUCGAAGAAGCAUCAACGAGGGAGUGUGCGAGUGCGCGGAAGAUAAUUGUGUUUGUGAGAUAAUUGAGAACGAUCUGGAACGCAUUUGCAACCGUGAACAGUGACCAUGCACCUCGGAAUAGCGGAUACCUCUGUGCUGCUAGUGUUGAUCAUGAUGCGUACGCAGCUGUGCUGCUGCCUGAAGUACACCUGUACCGUCGGCUCCGAUGGAUUCUGCAUCUUCCAGGGUGUCCACAUCGAGACGGUCGAGCAGGCGCAAGAGGUCCAGCUGGAACCGCCGGUUGUGACUGAUGGUGCUGGACCGGUGACGCGGGUAAAGUUCCGUGACUCGAGCAUGUUCAUGCUGCCGACACGGCUGUACAGUGCAUUCCGUCAGCUGCAGGAGCUGCGCGUCUGGUGGAUGCAGCUGCACAGCAUUCACAUCGACGCGCGGCUGCUGACGCUCGACGCGGAGAAGAACCGAAUCAGCAGCAUCACGGCCGAUCCAGACACGGUGCCGCUGCUGCGCAAGCUCGAGCUUAGCCAGAACCGGCUGCGUAACAUCGACAACAUCUCGCACUUCGAACAUCUGGAAGUGCUCGAGCUAGGCCACAACGAUCUCCGGACGCUCGAUCUGUGCGUGUUGCAGCGCAUGCAGCGAUUGCGGCUCCUCGAUCUCUCCAGCAACAAUCUGGCGCUGGUGAAGAGCUCCCUCGGGCACGAGAAGCUACCGGCCCUGACAGUAUUAUACCUGAAUGACAACCGGCUCACCUACCUCGAUCUGGGCAUCCUGCGCGCGAUGCCCGCCCUCGAGAAGCUCCAUAUCGCCAACAAUGCGCUGGUGUACGUGGACAACUAUGACAACCUACCGGCGCUGUUACCCCGGUUGCGGUCACUGCAGAUCUACGACAACGAUUGGCACUGCGAAGCGUUGGCCGACGUGUUGGGGCAGCUGCGCAAGAUGGGCGUCCAGGAGUACAAGGCGUACAGUGCGUUCAACUGUAAGGAUCGCUCGGUCGAGGGUGUCUGCUGCACCGACAACAAACCGUUUGCGCUCGUCCGCAAAUCGCACCAGUACAUCAGCAACUAUGCGACCGAACUGAACGGACAUGCCCGCUACCUGGCCAGGGAGCUGCACCGGACACGCCACGAGGUGCAUCGGCUGGUCGCGAGUGAGAACUUCACCCAAAGCACCUUGCAGAUGCUCGGUGAUGAGGUGGACGAGCUGCGCUCCCAGCUGUCUGACCUGGCACUGGUAGGAGGAGGAGGGACAGCUGACAUCGUCCCGGGGAAUCGGGGCAAGGUGAGUGGACGGAACGGUGCUGCCGGAGAUCAGCCGCAGGUCGAACGGUUGGCAAGCGAAAUGGUGAAACUGCGGCGCGACUACCAGAAGCUAACGAGCGAAAACCAGAGCAUGCGACAACAGGUGCGACAGUACGAGCAGCUGAAGCAGGAGGUCGAGCAGCUCCGGCUGGACUCGGUCGAUACGAAGCUCGAGCUGCAGCUCCUCAAGGAGCAGAAUGCGAUGCUGCGGCACGAUCUGCAGAAGCUGCAGCAGCUGUUCAGUCUCGGUGCGAACGUCUGACGACGCACUAAGUAAGCUGUUUUCGACUCUCUUUCCUUCUUUUUCUCACUCUCUCGCCCUUUUUUUCUGU